CAGCAAGUCUCCGGAUUUUGGUAUAAAUACAUGCACUCUCUCUCUCUCUCACUCCCACUCUCCCCCCACGCUUCCUUCCCUUUCAGAACUCCUCUCUCUAAAACACAAAAAACGCAAACCACUCCUUUUCUCUCUCUAAAACCCCAUUCCACUCCUCUUCUUCACUGAGAGCCAACACCGCAAUGUCUAAUCGCGGCGGUUCAUCCGGUGGUCGCGGCGGCGGAGGCCGCGGCCGAAGAGGAAAUCCCGGCGGUCAGGCCAGAGGCUCAGGCUACACUCCGGCGCCCGCGCCUGCUCCAGCUCCGGCGCCGGCUCGUGCUCAGCCGCCUGCUGUGGCCUCGUCGAGCACGGUACCGGCGCCGGCUCGUACUCAUCAGCCUGCUGUGGCCUCGUCGAGCAGGGCUCAUGCUCCGGCUCCGGCGCCGGCUCCUGCUCCGGCUCCGGCACCUGUUUCAUCGGCGGCGGCGGCUUCGCUGGCGAGUGAGAUGGAAGAGAAGCUUGCAUUGGCUCCGUCGUCAUCCAAGGCCGUGAGGUUUCCAGUGAGGCCGGGGUUUGGUAGAGCUGGUCAAAGAGUCCAAGUCCGAGCCAAUCAUUUUCUGGUCGAGGUUGGGGAAAGAGAUCUGCAUCACUAUGAUGUAUCAAUUAGCCCUGAAGUUGCAUCAAAGAAGAUAAACAGAGAUGUAAUCAACCAGCUGGUUCAGAUGUACUCUGAGUCUCACUUGGGAAAGAGAAUGCCAGCAUAUGAUGGCAUGAAGAGUAUCUACACUGCCGGGCCAUUGCCCUUCUCUUCAAAGGAGUUUGUGGUCAAGCUACCUGAGAGAGAAGGUCGAGCUGCAUCUGCAUCAAGAAGGAAAGAUAGAGACUUCAAGGUCUGCAUUAAGUUGGCAAACAAGCCUGACCUGUAUCAACUGCAGCAGUUCUUACGUGGAGGACUACACGAAACACCGCAAGAGACCAUCCAAGUUCUUGAUGUUGUUCUUAGAGCUGCACCAUCACAGAAAUACUGUGUGGUUGGUAGGUCAUUUUUUAGCCCUGAUCUGGGUCCUCGAGGUGACCUUGAAUUUGGCUUGGAAUACUGGAGAGGCUUUUACCAAAGCCUAAGGCCAACUCAGUUUGGUCUAUCCCUAAAUAUUGAUAUCUCAGCAAGGGCUUUUUAUGAUCCGAUUCUGGUGACAGAGUUUAUUAAGAAACAUUUUGGGUACAGAGAUUUAUCCAGGGGUCUGUCAGAUCGUGAUUGUCUGAAGCUGAAGAAAAAUCUGAAAGGAAUCAAGGUAACUAUGAGCUGUGGAGGCAGCAGAAGUUAUCGAAUUACUGGAGUAUCUGUGCAGCCACUAAGCCAGUUAACGUUCACUCUUGAGGAUAAUCAAACCAGAGUAUCAGUGGUUCAGUAUUAUCGUGAGAAGUACAACAUUAGCCUAAAACAGGUGGCUUUGCCUGCCCUUCAAUCUGGCAAUGAUUCAAGGCCUGCUUAUUUGCCCAUGGAGCUCGCUUCAAUUGUUCCUGGGCAGAGAUACACGAAAAGACUCAAUGAAAAGCAAGUGACAAACGUGCUGAGAGCAACUUGCCAACGGCCCCGGGAGAGGGAAUCCAAUAUACUGAAGAUGGUGAAGCACAAUAAUUACAAGGGAGAGGAUCUUGUAAACAAAGAAUUUGGAAUACAAGUUAAAGAACAAAUGGCACUGGUGGAUGCUAGAGUAUUACAACCUCCAAUGCUUAAGUAUCAUGAGAGUGGUCGUGAAACAAAGGAUACUCCCAGGAUGGGUGCAUGGAACAUGAUCAAUAAGAAAAUGGUUAAUGGUGCCAAAGUGGAUUUCUGGACUUUUGUCAAUUUCUCUCGAUUACGUGAAGAUUUUAACUAUCACUUUUGUGAGGAUCUCGUCUCUAUGUGCAACAGUAAAGGGGUGGAGUUCCAUUCCGAGCCUUUACUUCCUGUACAGUCGGCUCAUCCUAAUCAAAUUGAGAGGGUUCUGAGAGAUAUUCACAAGCAGUCAGUCCAGAGACUUAAGGAGAUGGGACAAGCCAGCAAACAUCUUCAGUUGUUGAUUAUCAUCUUGCCUGAUGUCAAAGGAUCUUAUGGUCCCAUUAAAAGAAUUUGUGAAACAGAGCUUGGAAUCGUCUCCCAGUGCUGUAACCCUAAGCAAGCACAAAAGAUUAGUAAGCAGUACCUUGAAAAUCUGUCUCUUAAGAUUAAUGUCAAGGUUGGUGGUAGAAACACAGUCUUAAAUGAUGCCAUUCAGAGGAGGAUUCCUCUCGUCAGUGAUCGUCCUACAAUCAUCCUUGGAGCUGAUGUCACUCAUCCACAAGCUGGGGAAGACAGUAGCCCAUCUAUAGCAGCAGUGGUUGCCUCAAUGGACUGGCCAGAGGUCUCCAAGUAUAGAGGAAUCCUGUCAGCACAGAAUCAUCGUCAAGAAAUCAUCCAAGAUCUUUACAAAUUAACUCACGAUGAGAAAAGAGGGCCGGUUCAUUCAGGAAUGAUCAGAGAACUUUUCAUUGCAUUCCGAAGAUCGACUGGCCAAAAGCCGCACAGAAUCAUCUUCUAUAGGGAUGGGGUGAGUGAAGGGCAAUUUAGCCAAGUUCUGCUCUAUGAGAUGGAUGCGAUACGGAAGGCCUGUGCUUCUUUGGAGGAUGGGUAUAUGCCACCAGUUACUUUUGUUGUGGUGCAGAAAAGGCAUCACACGCGCCUUUUCCCUGCUGACAACCAGACAGAUAGGAGUGGGAAUAUUCAACCAGGUACUGUGGUGGAUACCAAGAUAUGCCAUCCAACAGAAUUUGAUUUCUAUCUUAAUAGCCAUGCAGGAAUUCAGGGAACAAGUCGCCCAGCUCAUUAUCAUGUCCUGUUUGAUGAGAACAACUUCACUGCUGAUGGCUUGCAGAUUCUCACCAACAAUCUGUGCUACACAUAUGCAAGGUGCACCCGCUCAGUUUCCAUAGUGCCUCCUGCCUAUUAUGCGCAUCUAGCUGCGUUUAGAGCACGCUAUUACAUUGAGGGUGAUUCAUCAGAUGGUGCUUCUUCAGUUGGCAGAGGCAGCGGUGGCAGUGCUGCACAAACCCAGGUCCUUCCAAAUGUGCAUGAGUAUGUCAAGGAUGUGAUGUUUUUCUGCUGAAUCAGAGUUGAAAGAAAGAACAGUUACCCUCUUUUGUGGUGUUGCAUUUUGGGAUUGGCGCACUUUUGUUUCUAGUAGCCUUUAUACAAAGUCAAUUUAGUUUACACCAGACGGUCUAAUCUAAUUAGCGGAUGUGGCUAAAAUGUAAAUUCAUCGUAGUUGGGCCAGCUAGAGAAGUGUUUUUGGUUGGCUGAUGGCCUGACCUACUCAUCAACUAUUAAUGUGUCCUUUGGAUUUGAAUACCUUCAAAAUGCAAUCCAAAUUUCUCCUUUAGUUA